GGCAGCGUUUAGCGUUAGCGUUUUCAAAGUAAUCUGCACCGUUAAAAUUUUAUCCAAAACGCUAACACUAAUGUCUAAUGUUAUUCCCAGCCCUAAGUACAAAUAAAAAUUGGAGAGCACUCGGUUGCCCUUCCCCGUCAAUGAUCGACAAUUCCCAGUUGGUCAUGACGGAGAUGCAGGAGAAAGGGGAGAGCAGAGGGCGGCGGCAAGACGGCGGGAAGGGGAGGGCGAGGACGAAGGUGCAGCUAAACCUGGGCAAUAGCGGCGGGAUUCUGGUACUGGUCGGUGGGUUGAUGGCCACUGUCAUUCUUUCUUCAGUUUUCCGAAGGCGGAGGAAACCCGUUGACGAGGUCGAUAACACCCCAGAGGAGGCGGAGGAGGACGGCGGCGCGGAGGCCGACGGCAUCGGCGACGAUGAGGACUUGCCGAAGAAUUCGGCUCAACUCAUCCUACCAGAUUCUUCCCCUCUCACGCAUCAUCAACAACACGUGAAUUUACGAGACAACCAGACCGAUAUGCAGGCGAGCAAUGAUGAAGAACUGGAGAGCCCAGCAAGUGGUGUUCAUGCCACCAUUCCAGAAGAUCAAGAAAGCCCUCCGAAUGCUACGGGGGAUUUGAUUGAGACGAAAUUCGAUGUUUCUGCAGCAAAAGAUGAAAUGGAAAUUACAUGCUGUGUAGAUAACGAUGAUGAUGGUCAAAAGAAAUCUACAUAUCCUGCUAUUAUUCUUGAUGAUCUUACAACCAAUAAUGUAGUGAAAACCCAAGAUUUAGAUUCUAUUCAUGAUCCUAAAGAUGGUGUGGCCAUUCAUGGUCUGAUGAGACUCCAAGAGCAUAAUGUGAAAGAAGAAGAAGAAGAAGAGGUAAUAAUGGAAGCCAUUAAUGGCGGCGACAAGCAGCAGAAAAAUUACAGCGAUGAAUGUAUGAAGAUGAAAAAUUACAUUCUGGACCGUCUUUUCACAACCACGUUCGGAUCAGAAAGGAGAAUGGCCAUUGCAGGAAUUGUUGCAUUGACCGCGGUAAUGUGUUCUUGUUUCUCGUGCUUGUUUGGGACAUCCUUCUUGAAAUAUUGCAUUGCAUUGUUGCCUUGUCUGGCGUCUAUGGCCUUCUUCUCCAACUUCAACAAAUUCUAGCUACACAUUUAAAUAAAAGCUAGUAUGGUUA